AUGCACCACCUCUCACGACGUUGCAUUACGGUUUCUACCGCAUACAGCAUCUUCGUUCCGACCACAGCGAAUACUCUAACAGACAUUUUACUUGCCCGGCUUGAAGGAAGCUCGAACACGAGUUCGAGCUCGGGAAGCGCGCGGAACCCUGUGCGCACAGAUGUCGUGGCAGAAUCGGACGUGCGUGCUUCUGGCGUGAAACUCAAGAAAGGAACGGAGAAGGCAGCAUCGCCAGUCAAACAGGAACUGCGCCGUUCACCUCGGAAAUUAUCGCAAUUUGCGCACGAAGAUAGCGAAGAUGAUACACCGUUGACCCAACUCUCGAAGCCAACCCGGGGUGCUGCGAAACAGGAAACCGAAAGGACAACCAAGUCAGACGUUCGAUCGAGGAAGCAAGCGCCCGCGGAGCCUGGGCCUUCCUCGACAACAAGAGCAAAGACGGCGAAAAAGACGAAGCGUGAAGCUCCCAAUACAACUUCGAAGUCGGUCGCGGCUACGACCAUCAAGAGAAAACGCGCACCCAAGCGUGACCCAGCGGAACCUCCAAUCCCCGUAUCGGAAUCCAGAGUGCGCUUCGAUCUAACCAUCAGCCAAACCGCCGCUGCCGAGGCUCAGGAGAAAGGAGUCGGCUCGAGUGCAAAGAAGAAGGGAAGGAGGAAAGCGUCCAAUACAGAUCACGCCGUAUCUGACGACGAGGCGAAACGGGUGCAGCGGAAGCGGCGCAAGGUCCACGAUCCGGAUCAAGAAAGCGAAGGCGAGCUCUCGUCCGCAUCUGCUUCCAAAGUCAAGGCGACGAAAAAGACAAGGACACAGAAAGCCGCCGCUGGCAGCGCUGGUGGUGAGACGGAAUAUGAGAGCGAUACACCUCGCGCCGUACCUAGACCCCGACGAAAAGCCAUUCCGAAACCAGACGUCGAGGGGCAGGACGAAGAAACUCCGAAAGCGAAGCGGCCUAGACCAAUGCCAAAACCGAGAGCGUCUGCCAAGAAAAGGCCCGACGAAGAACGAUCACUGGCCGAGGACGAUAGCGACAUCGACCCAAAACCUACUGGCAGUCGGACGAAGCGCAAGGUGGACGACGGAACCGCAGAUUUUCAUGAAGAUGUUCCUAAGGCGAAGAGGAAGGUCAAGACGAAAGCCGCAGUUGCUGAUGACGACACAGAGCCGUCCAUACCUGCGCCGAAAACGAAAAGGACCACGCGGAUCAAUGAUGAGGACACGCCUAGGGUUUCUCCCUCAAAACCUGCCGGGAAAAAGAGAGCGGGCGUCGCAGGCGACGAGCAAGACCCGCAAGCGACGGCGAAACGUGUUAGAAAACUCCGUGGGCCGACCGAAGAUGAUGACACAGAUGUGGAGCAAACUCCGGUCGUCGAAACCAAGUCAAGGACCUCGUCAAGUAAAACCCGCACGGCGUCGCGGAAGCCCGCUCCGUCAGAACCGUCCGAGAAGUCGCGCAGUGCCUCAAAGACCCCAGUAGCUGUACACAUAUUUCAAUUGUUCGUCAUACAAACGACAGCACUGACUCCGGCUCUAGAAAUCACGUCGUCGUGA